AUUUUUUUCAAAAACGAAAAAAAUCUCUUACAAUUACUAUUUUUUAAAAAAAGAAAAGAAAAGGGGAAAAAAAAAGAAAACAGUGUCGAUUUCUCAGUUCGGGAAGGGAGAUAGAAGGGGGCGACAAUGGAGACUGCAAUUUGUGGGAGAAUAGCUCUCUCACCUAAUCACGUCUUUAACCCUAAACCCGGAGACAAGAACUCUGUUUGUAGAGGACCAUGUGUCAACCGUGGGAUUCUCAUGGCUAUAUCAACAACAUGCUCAGGCAAAGGAGGAGGGUUAUUGGAGAAGCCGGUUAUCGAGAGAACCACCCCCGGUCGCGAAUCUGAGUUUGAUUUAAGGAAAUCAAAGAAAAUGGCACCUCCUUAUCGAGUGAUGUUGCACAAUGACAACUACAAUAAACGUGAAUAUGUUGUACAAGUUCUGAUGAAAGUUAUCCCCGGGAUGACCCUUGACAAUGCUGUUAAUAUAAUGCAAGAAGCACACUACAAUGGCCUGUCGGUGGUGAUUAUUUGCGCUCAGGCUGAUGCUGAAGAGCACUGCAUGCAGCUGAGAGGUAAUGGACUUCUGAGUUCAAUCGAACCUGCAAGUGGUGGUUGCUGAGGACAGUCAUUGAUGAAAUCACUAUGCUUUCCUGUUAAAAGAUGUAUAUAACCUAGCAGUGCCCAUGUAUUUAUGUCUUGGUCAUCGAUGGUCGGAUGCAAAUGGCAGGAUUUGCUAAUUUUGAAUAAUAAUAAAAAAAAGGACGACUC